GGUCUGAAGAUAAUUACAUCAAGACAAUUUUCCUCUCAAGCCGUCUUUGAUCUGAAAGACUCUUUUUGGCUAAUAUGGUCUUUAACAAUACUGCAAUGGAGCGACUCCGGGUGCAACGUGAUAAUGUUCUCUUGUUUGAAGAGUGCAACACGACAAGUCCAUUUUGUACGAUGAGGAGCUACUCCUUAUAGACAUGAAGAGCUUUCCUUAUCAACAUGUCUUCCUUUAUUCAAAUACGGGUUUAGGAAGAUUCAUUACCAGAAAGGAGAAUAAGUAUGAAUUCUCUUGAGAUCAGUCGAACUGACGACCACACCAUAAGAGCAAAUGGAGAUGAAACUAAUCUCGAUGAUACGAAAACCGAUCGCAUGAAGCAUAGUCUGGAUAAAUAUGAAAAGCUGUUUGGUAUCGACGAAGAAUCCUCUAAUCAGCCUUCAACGACUAGGAUGGAGCUAUGGUCAUACUACCUUUAUUACAACGUGAGCGCCAUUCCAUCACCCUUAUGGAGUAUUCUAAUAACUGUCAAUCUCCAGGGAAAUAAUGGAGUAGGGCCUGCAAACUAUUCUCAGACUCUUUUUCAAUCUGCACUUAAUAAUGCUGGGUGGGAUCCCGCGAUUACACCUAUUAAGACAGGGAACUGUACCACAGGAGGUUGUGUAAUCCCAUGGGGUUACGGUACUAGAUCUGUUUCUAGUGUGGUUUUACUUGCGAAUGGGAUUUGCUUCAGCAUUAUGACGAUAAUUUUUGUGGUCUUUGGUUCCGUUGCAGAUUAUUCGAAUUUUGGGAAAUGGAUACUUUUGCUUCUUACGGUCGUGGUAUGUAGCGAAAUCCUGGCGUGGAGGUUACACUGACGGAUAUAGGGUUGGGCUUUCCAAUACGGAAUGAUAGCUAUCACAAAGCCUGACCAGUGGCCUACAGCUAUGGUAUUAUAUAUAAUAUCAUACAUUUCAUACGGUGUUAGUAUCUCCAUUGCUUCAUUUACAUCAUGGCAUUAAUAUGGUGGUGAAUAGACGACAUUGGUAUUCUACUAUUCAUUAUUCCCCAGGUUAGCCCGCUACAUGCCUCACGUUCGAAAAGCUCGAGAGGAAGACCUUAAAGAUAAUAAGAUCAAUCAAGAUGAAUAUGAUAAAAUAGAAAGCAUGGAAAGAAACCAUAUUAGCAAUAUCUCUACUGUUCAUGCCAGUAUUGGAUACGUUCUUGUGCUAGCGCUUAGUCUUUCUGUCCUGAUUCCAUUGCGAGGGCAUCUCUUUGCCAACAAUCUUGCUUUGUGCCUCACCAACUCAUGUAAGCAAUUAUAAGCAAAUGUGCCAUCACGCUUCUCGCUGAACAUCUGCAGAUUGGCUUGUCCUCGGCCUUCCCUGGUUUAUUUUCCAACAAUCACGCACUGGACCACCUAUACCAAAAGGCAGUUCUUUUUGGACUAUCGGCUUGAAACAAGUCUAUCACGCCAUUCGUGAAAUUCGUCAUCUCCCUCGAACUUUUACUUAUCUCCUCGCAUCUUUCAUGCUUGCCGAUGGGUUUAAUACAACUAUUACGCUCAUCUUCAUUAUCCAAAACGAAGUCAUCUCUUUCUCCUUUCUUCAAUUAAGCUACCUUGGACUCUCACAAGCUGCGACCUCCACGGUCUCUACUUUUGCAUUUUGGUACAUUCAACAGUAUUUUGGCAUUCGGACCAAGUCUAUGUUCAUCGUAACCAAUGUCUUUAGCGUUUUAAUUCCACUCUAUGGUGUGAUCGGAUUGUGGUCCGACAAGGUAGGCUAUCACCGUGUUUAUGACUUUUGGAUCUACAAUAUCGUUUUUGGAUUAUUUCAAGCGCCGUAUUAUGCUUAUUCACAGACUAUGAUGAGCGAGGUUACUCCUAGAGGAUAUGAGGGAAUGUUCUUUGGAUUAUUUGGGAUUACCAAUCGAGCUGUAUGUUAUAAUUCGCUUCUUUUCUUAGCUUUCGUGAAUUUGAACUGAUCAAUAGCUACAUCAGUCAUCAAUUAUUGGUCCAUACGUCAUCCAAGCCAUUAUCAAUAACACCAAUAACAAUUGGAUGGGAUUUCCGUUCUUAUUCGCUCUGUGCACUUUUGCGAGCAUACUCAUUUGGUUUGUGGAUGUUGAAAAAGGAAGAGAGGAUUGCAGGAGAUAUGUCGAAGAACGGAAAGUUGUUCAUGAAGUUAGUAGUAUUUGCCUAAGACAUAUCACCUCACUGUUUUAUAUUGUUCUCUGACCUUUCUACCAUAGAGACAAGCUAUUACUAGCACAAUACCCCUGCCAGUACAAACGCAAAAUGACCCUUAGGUGUUCAUUUCAUUCCCUCGAUCAGGAGUGAUUACCCUUUACUUGGAAUCUACUCCAGGAGUGACAUUCCUCAAGCAAAAAUGGCCCAAACUCAAAAUGUCCGAGACCAUGAAUCCCAAGUCGAACCCUCUUCCAAAUUCGCAUCAGUAUUUCUUCACGUCAAUCAUUUCACUUUUCAGGAAUAAUCCAAGCAUUGACAUUUUCGGCAUUCAUGCUUGAAUAUUAGGUUAGCAUUGGUACGAGUUGCCGUAUAUAGAUGCUUAAAUAUGUUGCAAAUAUACACAGACUCGAUAGCACUGGGAAUUUUA